AUGAUUGAGAACAUUCAUAACAAGCUGCAACAGUGGUUUCAUAAUCGAUGUGCGGCAUCACAGAGUUACACUAGCGUGUUGGCCCCAGUUCAAGAGGAGAAACUCUUUAAGGUGGCAGAGGUUGCGAGUAAGUUAAAUGUGGAAGCACUAGAUGAGCUCCACGUGCAAUGUUUGCGGUGGUCAUGUAUCAAGGCUUUGCAGGGAGAACAUUAUGCUCUUUGUAUUAUACGACUGAGUAUUGGAGAACAGCAUAUGCUGAGACUAUAUUUUCUCUGUCGAAUGAAGCCGAUGAAAUCAGACACAGACCACACUCACGCAGCCGGCAACCACAGCUCCACGCCUGACGGCUCAUCGCCUCCAGAGUCCAGACAGUUAUCUUCACAACAUCACCCGUUCACCCUACUACAAAAACGCACACAGCCGCGAGCUUCACUGCUCCUGCCUCCGACAGUCCUACCACUAUUUGAGGUAAAUGAAAUACCGAAUCAUCUUCUUCUGCUUUCGCUGUAUUUGAGUUUUUCUGUAUUUGAAGGAACUGAAGUGCACGCCCAUGUUGAAAUGUCUUCCCAGGGGUCAGAAUCUUCCGUUCCUACUCCCCCCGCUUCAAUUGGAAGUGCUUCUGCUUCAAUUCAAGUUGGAGAUACAUCAACAAGUACACCAGUUACUUCACAAAGUCCAAGUGAGAUAAAUGCAAAUCCUAUUCAUAUAGAUUUAGGUGAUGAUGAGGAGAUGACUGAGGAAAAUAGAAAAAGAAAAUUGACCUCUUCAAUGUGGCAGCAUUUUAAGCUACAGAGAAUUAAUAAUGUGUCCAAAGCAAUUUGCAAACAAUGCAACAAACAGUUAGGGGGUGAGUCCAAAAAUGGGACAAGUCAUUUACAUGCUCAUUUAAAUAGAUGUCCUCUUCAAGGUCAGAAGGAUGUCAAACAGAUGUUUUUGAAUCAAUUUAAAGAACCUAGUGGUAGGAUUGCAAUGGGAGCAUUUAAUUUUGAUCAAGAGAAAGGUAGGACGGAACUUGCAUAUAUGAUCAUCCUACACGAAUAUCCUCUUUCAAUGGUUGAGCAUACUGGGUUUAGAAAGUUUUGUAAUACAAUUCAACCAUUAUUUAAAGUUUUUUCUCGUAAUACCAUCAAGGCUGAUAUCUUGAAAAUUUAUGAUUAUGAGAGAACAAAAGUAAUGGGCUUGUUAGAGAGGACCAAUAGUAGAAUAGCAGUCACCACUGAUAUGUGGACAUCCAAUCAAAAGAAGGGAUUUAUGGCUAUCACUGCACAUUACACAUAUGAUUCUUGGAGGCUUCAGAGCCGAAUUUUGAGAUUUAUAUAUGUCCCUUGUCCCCACACUGCUGAAUCACUGUCUACUGUGUUAAUGGAUUGUCUAUUUGAUUGGAAUAUUGAUCAGAAAUUGUCUACAUUGACUAUUGAUAAUUGUACCACGAAUGACGCUAUGAUUAACAUUAUGUUAGAUAAGCUUUCUCUUGGUUCUUUAUUGUUGAAUGGUGAAUUUUUCCACUUGCGGUGUUGUGCACACAUAUUGAACCUGAUAGUAAAGGAUGGUUUGGAUGUCAUUAGCCCGAGUGUUGAGAGAAUUCGCGAUAGUGUUUCAUAUUGGUCAGCAACACCAAAAAGAGUUGAAACUUUUGAGGCAGUUGCACGACAAAUGAAAAUCCCUUGUGGAAAAAAGUUAUUAUUAGAUUGCAAGACUCGAUGGAACUCUACAUAUCUAAUGAUUCAUACUGCUUUGCUUUACAAAGAACUUUUUCCUCGACUAAGGCAAAGAGAGCCUCAUUACAGAAGUGUACCGAGUGAGAGUGAUUGGGAAUUGGCUACAGAGAUUUGUGAUAAGUUGGAGAUAUUUUAUGAAGCGGCUGAAUUAUUUUCAGGAACAAAAUAUCCUACUGCCAAUUUGUACUUUCCCAAUAUUUGUGACAUAAAGUUGGCAAUCCGUGAUUGGAGCACAUCAUCUUGCGAUGAAGUCAAAUGGAUGGCGUCAAGCAUGAAGGAAAAGUUUGAUAAAUAUUGGAGUGGCAUGCAUAAAAUUCUAGCUGUUGCAACUAUAUUGGAUCCUAGAUACAAGAUGAAACUAGUUGAAUACUAUUUUCCUUUGAUUUUUGGAGAUGAAGCUCAGGAAGAGGUUGAAAAGAUUAGAGCAUUUGGUCAUAAGUUGCUCAAAGAGUACAAGAGACCACAUCGUUCGACAGAAAAUACAUCUUUGUUUCCAUCAUCUUCACAAUCAGAGUCGUCUACUAGUAGUGGAAAACAUUCUCGCAUGGCUGGUUUUGAUACAUUUGUUAGUCUUUCUGUUACUGCUGAUCAUGUAAAAACAGAGUUCGAUGUUUUUCUAGAUGAGCCAGUGUUGCCUAAGGUGGACGGUUUUAAUCUAUUGACAUGGUGGAAAGCAAAUUCAAUAAAAUAUCUGACUUUACAGAAGGUUGCAAGAGAUUUAUUAGCCAUUCCAGUAUCUACUGUUGCAUCCGAGUCAGCAUUUAGUACAAAAAAUUCUGGUCCUUCAUCAUAUUCCGGAGCUUGUGCAAAGUUUGAUGACGAGAAUGUUGAUGAAGAGGAAUCAACUUUGAGUUUUGACGGAUGCCAAUAA